CUCAGUACAUGAGUUAUCAUAUUCCUAUCAGGUUGUCAUAAAAGAAGAAAUGUACUCAAAUACCUGAUAAAAGCAGUGCUUGCCAAGAAUCUCACCUAUGGUCGCCUUGUCAGCCCGCACAAGUCUUCUUGUUGGCAAACAUCCUGGGCAUUGCGAAUAUAUGUCGCUUAGGAUCCAAAAGGAUAUAAACAUAAUUGUGUUGUUAUAGUGUCAACCACCUAUACCAUUCCAUCGUGUCUAUAAUUGGAAUUCUCCAGUCCUCAACUUCUAUUUUUCUAAGAAAGAAAAGCACUUCUGCGAAUGGUACCUACGCUUCCUCAGAUCGCAAGUCUUGCUCGGGUGCAUCGCGUGAAAAAUGUCUUCUUGCGAUUUGUAUAAUGAUUUUGUCGUCGUUUCGUUUUCAGAGUUAGUCAACUCUACAUAUUCGUCCAACGAAGCUAAUUCUUCUGGAAAGGAACAUCCGCGCCGAAUCCAUGGUUAAGAUCAUUGUUGGUGACGAACGGAAAAUCUGGUGGUUGAACGAAGAUCUCCUGUGUGCUCAUUCGAUCGUAUUUAAGCGCGCCUUCCAAGGGAAGUUCCUGGAGUUCAAAGAGAAAGUAAUAGUACUCGAAGAAGAAUCACCAAAACCUUUCCAUCACCUCGUUGGACGGGUUUCGGUUCUCCAGCAUCAUAAAUCACAUGACGACCUCAUUUAUUCCUGUCUUCGUCUCGAAGAAUGGGCCGCUCUAGUCAAGCUAUCGCAGAUGUCUAUGAUGGAUUAUCUGAUGCAGGCUGCCAUAGAUCGGUACAAUAAAUGCAAAACUCCACAUGAUUGGCCAGAAGAUAUCAUGCCAUGCACUGAUGUCGAAGAAGUCAAAUACAUCUGCGAUCAUAUCUCGACUUCGACUUUGAGGUUAGGCAUUGUUCACGGUCUUGCUGCAACUUUUUUGAAAAGGAAAAUGCACGAAGACAUGUUUGAGCUUUGGUAUUUGUCCAUGAGUUGCUAUCCUGAUCUGAUCCACGAUGUACUCUACGAGGUAAAAAUGCGUUUGGAGGAACCUAAAGCUAGCAGCAUAAAGGAGGAUUUCGUGAAUUUGGAGCGCACCGAGGCUUAUGAUAGUCCUUUUCUCGUGGAGUAAUGAUAGUUAGAUAGCUGAAAUUGUGUUCUAGUAUGUGUUUCGCGCGAACAUAACUUUUGUUCACAUCAUCUCGAUCGCUGCUGUACCCAACUUCUAGCAGUAUUCCAUCACAAGUAAA